GGAAGAGGACGUUGUCAUAGCUCAAAGAAGGCGACAAAGGAGCGGAAGAGGAUGCUGUCAUAGUAAUGCAAUAAUGGCUACCUCUGCACAGGAAGCUGGCUCUGGCUUCGACCAAAUACUGAAGAAUACAGAAUUCGAGAACGACCAUCAAUUGAAGGCUAUCAAAGCCGAGCAAGAAAGAGCACAAUCCUGCCAGUUUCAACUCAAAGAAAAGCAGAAGCAGAUACUCCAGUUUCAGAAAACAAUCAGUGAUUUGGACGAGCAUGCAAAACAACUCCACAAGCAAUUCCUCAUCAACAGAGACAACUGUGAAAGUUUGAAACGCACUGCUAUUGUCCUUGCUGAUCACGAGGAUGCACUGAAGGGGAAACUACUCACAACACAGAAAGAAGUGGAGUCAGAGAAAUGGGAGCAAAAUGAAUCCUUGUCCAAGUAUGAGAGUGUCUGGGAGAGAUACAGAGUACAGUACAACAGCACAGAGAAAGCUCAAGGCAUGCAGGCAACUGAGACACAGCUGAACAAUUUUUGCCAAGAGAAUUCAACUCUGGAAACGAACAUCAACCAAACAAAAGAAGCUAUCUUUGCUCUAAAGCAAAAAGGAGAGAGAAUUUCCCUGGUCGCAUUUGUUCUCAAAAUGGCUGAGCUUCAUGUGGAGACAACUAAAGUGAGGCAGGAAAUGACGACAGGCAACCCUCAGCAAGCUACUCUACUAGAGAAAGAUAUUGAGGUCCUACGUGAGAAGAUCAAAGCUGAAGAGAUGAAAAAACAACAAGAAAAAGAGAAACGAGACAGUCAGAAUAAAGUAGUUCAGGAUAAUCGUAUGGACACUGAGGAAUCUACAUUUGUAACUAUCGUUACUCAAUCAACCCACACACCCCAACGCCCACGUACUCCUGGAAUACUCCCACCAACAAUCCUACCAUUGACAGUACCACCGAAACAAAGCACUCCAUCACGAGCACGCUACCAACUUGAGAUCCCUAAACUAACCAUGCCCUCACGUGUACCCGCUAUCAGGGCCUCCAUAUCACAAUCCCCCGGAGCAUUUCAAUCACCUGUGUUCAAAGUACCUACUAAUCGACCUCGCUCAAACUUCCAGAUCCCCACCCUGGCCAUUAGCACACCUCCUAGACCGUGCAUACCUCUAUUGCACACGCCAAUACAACAGAGGCCAAGGUUGCUAUCGUUCACUCCACCCACUGCCAGGUCAACACCUCAAGUGACUCUUAGUACACCGAAUAUUAGGCCUACUGUAUCAACCUUAGCGACAAGCCAGUCCUUGUCAGCAGUGCAGACACCAACUACCACUGUACCACAAGCUGGUCAUAACCAAGCUCCCAUGCAACCAUCGUCUCUAUCAAAAGCAACAAAUAUUGUAGGCAUUGAAAUUCAAGAUUCUGUGGCUGAAAUGGAUAAUCAAACAUUGCAGCAGGAGCCGAGUGGUUUUGAGUUAAGCAAUAUUUCUCAGGAGAGUACAUCAUUUGCUACUCUGUUCACCAGUGACAGUGGUCAGGAGUGUACAGACUAUGCUGGUGACUUUGGGCAGACUGGACACUAUCAGGAGAGCUCUGUGAAUGAUCAGCAACAACUUGAGUUUACUGGAGAAGAUGACAAUGGAUUGUUUUAUGGAAUGGACGGCUCUCUAUCUGGACUAGGGAAUCAGCCAGACACGAGUGCUACUGGAGACAUGUUUGCUGGGUUAGGCUCAGAGUCUGCUCAUGAUGAUGGAGGAGGAUUCAACUUGUUCUCACAAGAUGAGACACCUGACGUCAGCAAGACAACCACUGGAGCCACAGACACAGAUUUCUGUUUCCUAUUCGGGGGAGAUGAGACAGCCAGUGGUGAGUCAUCAUUCUCCUUCUUCUGAUACCUAAUGGCUACACCUCACAACCUACUGAACAAACUAAAUAGUUACUGCUACUACCAGACUAUUAUAAAUUCAUUCUAUCUGUCAUGUAUAUAUGUGUGUGUGUCGUGUCAAUUAAUUAAGAUACUUCGUGCUGUAUCUUAUUUCAAUUACUGUUUAUUUGUGUUAUAAACGCUAGCUAGGGGGUGAAAUCAAUUGCUUUGUUAUAAA